AGUGCUAAUGGUAUUUCUGUUAUUUAUUGGCAUAUGAAUGGCAAGGAUGAAAGCUUCCAUUACUUAAACCCCAAAAAACGCGUUGCUCUCUCCGUUAUAUUAGCACGGAACAGAUUUAACGAUUAUCUCCCUCCGUUCCACCGGCAACUCAAAAUUCUUCUUCCUAAACAAAACAUUCCGAUGGGUUCUCGUUCAAAACUAAACUCCGGUAGCUUAUCAAUGAGAAGAACAAGAAGAUCUACCACUCACAAAAAAACAUGCAAAUCUCAAAAUAGCUCAACGCUCGUUGACGGCGGUGAUGGUAGAAUUGACCCAUGCACUUCCGUUUCUGAAAAAUUGGAGGCCCUCAAGCAGUUAAUCCCAGCCAACAAUGGUGAAAUCAAAGCUGACCAGUUGUUCAAAGAAACCGCUGACUACAUUGUUCUUCUCAGAACUCAGGUCUUCGUUUUACAGAAACUCGUCGAUUUUUAUGGGUUAAAUACCGAUCAAAAUCCUGUAUAGUAACAUAGCAGUUUCCGCACCCAAAAACUGAAAAACAGAUUCUUUUCCUUUUUCCGUUUUGAGUUAAUUAUUCUCUUUUCUCUUCUUUUAAUUAGAUUGAAGCUAUGUAUGGGUUAGGUGUGUUACGGGUACUGAAUUUCAGGAUCAAAUAGUUGUUACUAGUAUAUCACAAAAGUCUUAACCUUUCUAUAUUAGUUCAAUUUUUAACAUUUUGUUACUAUUCAGCUCUGUAAUAGCCUUAAUUAAUGGGGAAAUUAUGAAUACCCAGAUA